AUGAAUUUACACACAAAUAAUAAUAAUAAUAAUAAUAAUUAUGUAGAUGAAAAUCUAUUUUGGAAAGUUUAUAAAAAUUUGUUUAUUAGAAAUUUAAUAUUUUAUAAAAUCAUUUCAACAACAGUCAUUUAUAAAUAUGAUGAUGAUGAUAGUCUUAGUAGUGGUAAAUUUAUUGUACCUUCUGAUAGAGUACAAUUUAAAAAUAUAAUUUCUUUAUCAUGGAUUGUUAAAAGAAAUUUAUGGUCAUUAUUAAAGUAUAAAUUAAUUAGUAAUGAAGAAUUAAUUAUAAAGAAAAAAGCAAUAGAAUUACUAUUACAAGAAUGUAAACAUGAUAAAGAUUUAUUAAAACUAAUCUAUCAAAACAAGUAUUAUCAAAUGAAUCAAAUCGAUUUAAUUUUAAAUUCAAUUAAACAUUCAAAUUUAAUGGCAUUAAAAUUAUUCAUUGAAGAAUAUAAUUUACCGACAAAUAAUAAUUCAAUGGAUAUGGCAUUAGAAAUUGCAAGUAAACAAUAUUAUAGAAAUGAAGAAGAACAAAAACAAUCAUUUGAAGUUUUUCAAUUUUUUUGGGAAAAGAAAAAAGAUACUCUUCAAUGCACUCAAUCAGAGUUAUUCAAUCAAAAUAGAAAUUAUAAUGCAUAUAUGUUACAAUUAAUUUUAAAUAAUCCAAGUUUAUAUGGUGAAUCUUUACAAUCAAAUAAUAAUAAUAAUAAUAAUAGUAGUAGUAAUAAUAUUGGUUUAAUGACAUCAAGAGAAUUUUUUAAUCUUGCAGUUAUGUCAGUAAUACCUGAAAAAAUUAAAAUUGAAUUACUUAAUAGAGGAUUCGUUAAAAAUGAAAAAAGUAUAUAUCGUGAUGGUGAUUAUAUUGCUAAAACAAUUCAAAAGCAAUCACCAUAUCUUCCAAAAUCAAUUUAUAGUUAUUUAGAAAAGAGUUAUCAAAAGAAUGAAUUAUAUGAAAAUCGUACCAUUUCAGUUUUUUAUUUUUUUAAAAUAUUAAUUGAAUAUCCUGAAAAAGAAGAUUCUCUUUCAAUUUUAAAAGAUUUCGUUAAUGUAGCAUACAAAUUUACAGAUUUAGAAAUUAGAUCAUAUAAUACAUUAUCACUUAAUCCAAAUAGUUAUAAAGCAGGUCAAAAAGUAGAAAUUUUACAAGCUAUUUCAAGUUUUAAUUUUACAUUGAAAAUUAAGAUAAUUGAGUCACUAUUUCCAAUUGAUUCAUUAACAUUAGAAUCUACACGAUUCAUUUUCGAUAGAUUAAAAUCUUCAAUUGAUAAUGCUGGAACAAUGAAACAUGUUUCAAAGGCAGAAUUAAUUCCACAAAGUUUAUAUCAUUUGAAUAUUAUAAAAACAGCAGAUGUAGAAUUACUUGACCAAUUUUUAAAUCACUUUCAUUCAGAUGCUGAAAGAAAUUUAAUAUUUAAAAUUGAUGAUGAAAAUCCAUUAAAUAAAGAUUAUUUCAAAGAUUGCUCAAUUCAAGAUAGUGAAAAGAUAUCAAAAUUCAUUGACAAACUAUCAAGUGUUAAAGAAUUCAAUUCAAAUUCAAAAUCAUUUUUAAAUUGUUUAAAAUCAAAACUUUUACCAAUUUCGAGUGAAUUAUAUAUUUCAAGUUUAUUAAAAUUUAAAGAAACAUCACGUAAACAAACCUAUGUACACGCAAAAGUUUUAGAUGAAACAUUGUGUGAUUUCUUUUCAGAAAAGAAUAAUUUUAAAUCAAAUUUAACAUCAUUUAUUAAAUUCAUUAAUUUUAGAAGUUUAUCAAUUACAUAUCUCGUUGAAAAAGUUUUAUUUUCCAAUGAUUUUGAACUUAUAGAAUUAUUAUUAAAUACAAUAUGUAAUAAUAAUAAUAAUUAUGGCGCAGGUAUUAUAAUGGUUCCAGUUUCAUUUAAAACAUCUAAUCCUGACAUAAUUAAAUUAAUCAUUUCGAAAAGUAAUUGGCAUAAAUUAUUUGAUUUUAAAGGUUUAAUCGAUACAGUUAUUAGUGAUAGCAAUGUUUGUAAUAUUAGUAAUCCAAAUACCGAUUCUCAAACCAUUGAAUUAAUUGAAACUGUUAUUGAUUUUUUACAUUCAAAUAAAAUUUAUCAAAGAAAUUCAAAAGAAGGAUUUGGAUUUGGAUUUGGAUUUGGAACAACGAAUCAACAAGAAAAUCACACUGAAAAAACAAUAAUUUCCAACGAUGCAACAAAGAUUGCACUUUUAAAAAAGAAAUCCAUUAAAAUUUUACAACUUUUAUUAAAAUAUAAAAAUUUGUUUGAUUGGGAUUCACAAUUAUUUCCAAAACUUCCAAAAUUACCAACAAUUCAAUUGGAUGAUGAAAUACUUCCAAAAUCAGAUAAACCAAUAAUGUCAAUUUAUGAACAACAAGAAUUAGAAGACCAAGAUUUAUAUCAAUCUAGAAGAAGAAAGCCAAAAAAUAAACAUGGUGGUGGACGUGGUAGAAGAAGAAUUGAUACCUAUAAUGACACUGCUUAUGAUGGCACCAAUAACAACAUUCCCUAUAUCGGUAGUAUUGGUGGUAGUGUUUUUGCAAGUACUGAAGAUUCAGUCAAUGGUGGUGGUAGUGGUUUUUAUAGUAGUAGUAGUAGUAUUGGUAGUAUUAGUAGUAUUAGUAGUAUUAGUAGUAUUAGUAGUAGUAAUAAUAAUAAUGAAUUAGGUAGUGAUCAAAGUCAAUUUAUUCUAGGUGGUAAUUUCACAGGUUUUAGUGGCAAUUAUCAGAGUAAAAGUAAAGAUAAAAAAAAGAUUAGAAAUCUAUACAAUACCAAUUUCCUUGAUAAAUUUAAAACACAUCAAGCUCAAUCAAUAUUUGAUACAAUGGACCAAUUAUUCACUAGAAAUUAUACGUUUUCAUUUGCAUACACGAGUGAUAGUGUUUUUCAAGAUUCAAUAUAUCAUUCAAUAAAGAAUAGAAGAAUUGAUGUAAUUGAAAAAUUAAUAACUAUUCAAAUGUUUACAGAUAAUCAUGCAAAAUUAAUUUAUUCAGAUUUUUUAAAAAGAAUUAUUAGAAAUGAUGACGGUGUUGAUUUAGUAACUUUUAAAUACCUUUUUUCUCAUAGAUUCCUCAAGAUAUUCAGUACAGAGUUUUUACAAACAAUGUCACAAGAAUUAUUAAUUUGUGCUGUUUCAGAAUGUUGUUUUCAUCUUUGUCAUUGGUUAUUGUCAACAGAUAAUCCAUGUAAUGUAUAUGUUGAAUUCUUGCCAUUUAAAACGACCUACAUUUUAAAUGUCGAGAAAAAAUUAUCAUAUUGUGCAUCACCAGUUUUCAAAGAUUAUAUGAUGAAAAAAAUAAAACCUUUUAUUAAAUACUAA